UUAAAGGUUACAACAGUUAACAAAAAUGUUGACAGUUUUACGGAGCCAAUAUCUUAUUCAGAAAUGGAUUUACGUAGUAAGGCUAUUAACACUAAAGUAAGUUUAACUAAUGAAAUAAAUAAGUCAAAUUCUUUGGAAGUAAAGAAUGAUUCUGUAAUUGAUGAAACAUCAAUCAGUGAAGAAAUUGAGGAAGAAAAUCAUUUGGUAUCCAACAUUUCACCUGCAAGCAUUCAAUCUGCCAUGAACGGUACAAAUAAAAUUAUAAUUUCAGAAAUUCAUAAAAAUGAAGAGCAAAAUUUAAUUCCACAGGACAGUCCAAAUUCUUUCUACACUGAUGAUUUUUCUGAAUUCUCUUCUACUUCGUCUAGUAUAAUGCAGGAAGAUGAAAAAUCAUCAGAAAAUUCUUUCAAAACAAGUAAUUCUGAAAACAUAAACCUUAGCCAAGAAAAAUGUAUAUCGCAACGGUCAAAGGACACUCAUAGUCAAAUUUUAUCAGAGAACCAAAGUUUCUCAUAUGAAAAUAGCAUAGGGAUUCAAGAAAAAGAAGUUAUUGAAUUACUUUCAUCUAAAAAUAAACAUACUACUAGUGAAUAUGAAGUACAGCUUCAGAGGGAAUCAGAUGAUAACGACGUGGACACAUCAAUACAGACCAAUGAUUAUCAAAGGAGUCAAAAUUAUAAAGUAAAAUUACGAAAACAGGAAAAUUCUGAACAUGAAAAAGUUAAAAAUCAACAGAGCUGUCCCUCAUUAAAAAGUAACAAGAAGAAAUUAAAAAAUAUAUCAAAUAGGAAGCUGUUAACGACUGAAAAACAAAGUUGUAGCGGAUUUAACUCUUCUACUUGCUCCGAACGGAUUAUUAACCCAGCACCAAAUUCUUCAAAGCCAACCAAAGCGAAUGAGAAUUCACACGCAACAAUUAAUUUAAAAGAUAAACAUAUUAUGGUAUUAUUUAGUUUGGAAGGCGAAAAGGUCUUAUCUCCUAACAAAGCAAGAACUGAAUCCAUGUCAUCAACGGAUGAAGAAAUUUUCUCCAAAAAUAGUAGAAUCCGGGCAGAAAUUCCUCAACAGAAUUUACAAAAAUGUACAGAUAUCAGGAGGGCUGAGAGUGUCAUAACAUCACCUAACGUGACCAAAGAUAUAAGUAAUCUAGUGAUAAGAGGAUCAAAACCUGAAUCAAAUGAUACAUCACAAUCAUCGAAAACUCAAUCAAAUAAUGCUAUUAAACGUAAAACUAUUAUAACCAAGUCUGUCUCUGUUAAUCAUGUAUCAAAGCGCCCUGACCUCUUACAUUCAAAGAAAAGUCUCAAAGAAAUAAAAGUGUUUAGUAACGAACAUAAUGAUACCAAGCAUUGCAUUAGCAUGCCGUUAAAAACUUUUAAACAUAACAAGAUAUUGAAUAUUUCUGAGAUACGAACUGCCGGAAGAUAUAAACAGAGUGAAAAAAUGGUUAAAUCUAAAAAUAAGAGCGAUCGAUCACAGAAAAUUUAUCGAGAGUGCGAGUCUGUUUUUGUACAAAAUGCUCAUUUUCGUAAUCAAGAAAAAAGAAGACGUAAAACAAGAUCAAAACCUCCCAAGCAAUCUCAUUCUAAAGGGGUAACAUUUCUUAAAUUCAAGCCUCUCGAAUUUCCAAACAUUACUGGAUUCACACGUUCUGAAGUCACAUUAAAAUCAUCUAACGAAUUCCCGAGCCUUCUUCGAAGCCGAAUAUCGGAGAUUCAGGAAUGGUUGAAAGAUCAAGUCAUUUUGUACCGUAACUACUCCAACCUGGCGUCUGCAAUCAACGCAAAAUAUGUCCCGACGACGUUGGCAGGAGCGAAGAAGGUUAUUCGUGAUAUGCAGGACGAAAAGUGUAACAGUACCAGGUACGAUUGAUGGAGUAUAGAUCGGUAAACUAGUCAAGCGUUGAAACGUUAGAUCAAGUAUGUUAUGUCGUAACUGUGGACACGUUUUAAUAAAAGAAAAAG